AUGUCCUCAGAUGGGUUCGAUUGGGUCCUAUAUUUUUGGCACCAAUUUGGCGGGUGCGACGACAAGGACGACGACGAAUUAACCGACGCAGAGGAUGACUAUGCUCAGGAUGCAGGCAACGAUCUCAUCUACAGUCCCGCUGUUGAAGACCAGUACUACGAAGCUGCAGAGGCUCCCUCGCCAGUCGUAGAAGAGGGUACCGCGGCUGCUGAAGACGAGGGAGGCCGGGAACCAGUUGCAUUAGAAAGGGACGGUGGAGAAGAGGGAGUCUUGGAAGCAGGUGCAGAGGAAGCGGACGAUGAAGAGACGGAGUCGGAAUAUGGCGACCCGAUCGAGAACGAAAUAGAACGGCAGGCAGACGAAGGCGACGGUGAAGAGGAUGAGACCGAGUACUCGGACGCAGUCGAGGGAGACGACGACGAUGACAGUUCGGCUGACGAGGACGAUGAAGAGACGGACACCGAUUUUAGCAACGCCAGUGACGAAGACAUGGAGGAGCGGGAAAGCGAUGAGGAGGGUCAAGGGGGCGAGAGUUCAAGCCACCACGGAGCUGCCGAGGGUGUAGAGUCCGAGAAAAUUGACCUCGAGAACCCAGACGAAGUAGGCAGGUAUAUGGGCGACGACUUGAAACUCUCGUGGGACUCGGUGGACGACUCCGAGCAGCAUCUGCACGGACCCCGUGUUACCGGGUGGAGGAUUAUCCGCUACCUAGAGUACUUGUUCAAUGAGACACCUGCACAAGCGAAGGCCCUCAAGGGAGAUGCCCCUGUCGUUGCAGGGAGGGAGCCCAAGCCCAGCACACCAAAGAUGAUUAAGGCGAGAAUGAACGCUAUCGGCUGCCUCGGCAAAUGCGAGUCUGCGCUGUACGACUACCCCCUUUCCCAGAUGCAAGACAAAGUCGCGCAGGGCAGGGCGUUUAUGAGAGUGAAGCUGGUCAACCUCAACGAGGAGCAGAUUCGAACCGGCGCGGAUCAGCACCGUGGGUCUCUCGACGACUGCUACAACGUGGAUCAGUACAAGGAGCUGCAUCACAACAUUAUUCCAGAAAAGACUUUUAAGAUCUACGCGCGGAGCAAGGAUUUUCCAUCGCAGGCGCUGUGGAGGGUUCUCGCCGUGAAGGUCAUGAUUCAGCUGGCGCACCAGAACGCUAUUUACCGUAUCGAGGGAGAGCACGAGACAGCGAAGCUUCUCGCAGAGAACCAUUGCUUGCGGAAGCAGAAUGGGCAGAAGGACGUCCUCACCGCCGAGCUCCAGGCCGAAAACCGUGCGUUGAAGAGCGACAAAAAGAGUCUCCUGGAGCAGCUGGCGCAGCUCAAGGCCGAGUUGGCCGCUCUCACGGUCUCCUCGGCGGGCAACGUUGGCGCCGACAACUCUGCCGCAGGAGCUGCGGGCUCCUCGAAGAUGGAGAAAGGUGGAGCUGGCCCUUCAACCCCAGAGCCAGCUGCACCUACACCAGAGAUUGUCUACUUCGACAGUGUAGUGAGGCCGUGGCGUGACAGCACCACAGUGGCAGACGCAUGGGCGUUGUGGAACAAGGCUAGCUUCCUUGUGGAAGGCCGAACACUGCGUGCUGUUGCAGAGGAUCCUCGCUUUAUCGUUAAAUGGGCACAUUUCAAGAGGGGAGAGGAAUGCGAGGACGAGAAAGGCAAGUUCAAACCCACCGUGCGCCUCGAUGCCAAGGAUGGCACUUGUGAAAAGCAGCUGCGUCGCAUUCACAAGGCUAUGUUAGCGGUGGAAAAGUUCAGGGUGGACGACUCGGUGGAGGCGAUGACCAAUGACGUGAACGUGCUGUUCCAGACAUCUCCCUCGGUUUUCGCAGAUGGGCUAAUCGUUAAGGAGAAGAGGGGCACGAAGAGGCAGCGAACAUCAACGGUUGGGGGGAAAAGCCUCACGGACGAUGCGCAAGAGAGGGUUUCGUACCUUCUCGUGCUGAAUGGUCUGCGCGACGACACGUGGGGGGAAGAACUCUUCGGCAAAGCCCAGUGGAUGACGAUCAAGGACGUAGAGUCUCAAAAGCCUUUGAAGAAAAGGCCUGGGGCGUGA